GAUAGACGAACACCAAUCCAAACAGCGAGACCGGGCAGCAUUUUUACGGUUUCAACCCUCCCCUUUUCCCCGAAUUCCACCCCCCGAUCGGCGGCGAGCAGGGAUCUCGUGCGCGAUCUCCCGCCGGCGGCGAGGCCAGGAUGUCGUCCGCUAGGCGCGGCGGGCACCAGCACCACAACCCGCUGGAGAACGGCGACGGAGGGGAGCACGAGCGAGAGGAGGACGACGACGAGGAGGAUGGUGAGGAGGAGGUUGGGGAGGAUGAGGAGGAGGAGGAGGAGCCGCGGCUCAAGUACCAGCGUCUGGGCGGGAGCGUGCCGGCGAUCCUCUCCACCGACGCCGCCGCGGCCAUCGCCGUCACCGACCGCGCCGUCCUGCUCGGCACCCACGACGGCACCCUCCACGUCCUCGACUUCCAGGGAAACCAGGUAAAGCAAAUUGCUGCGCACACAGCAACUAUCAACGACAUCAGUUUUGCUGAUGGUGAAUAUAUAGGCAGCUGCUCAGAUGAUGGCACAGUAGUAAUAAGCAGCCUCUUCACUGAUGACAAACUGAAGUUUGAGUACCAUCGCCCCAUGAAAGCAAUUGCUUUAGACCCUGACUAUUCCAGGAACUACAAAAGAUUUGCUACAGGUGGUUUAGCAGGUCAAGUACUCGUUCAGACAAAGAAAACUUGGGGUGGAGGCUACAGUAAAAAGGUCCUGCGUGAUGGUGAAGGACCAAUCCAUUCUAUGAAGUGGAGGUCAGACCUUCUUGCCUGGGCUAAUGACGCAGGGGUGAAAGUCCAUGAUAUGAAAAUGGAAAGAGGGAUUGCAUUCAUUGAAAGACCAAAAGGAAUUCCUCGGUCGGAUUUUUUAGUUCCUCACUUGGUCUGGCAGGAUGACGCAGUCUUAGUUAUUGGGUGGGGAACAAGUGUCAAGAUUGCUGCAAUCCGAACAGACUUAUCUCCAGGGUACAAUGGAAUACAAAGGAGUAUCACCACGGCAAGUUCUGGGAAGUAUGUUGAUAUUGUUGGCUCGUUCCAAACAGGCUACCACAUAUCUGGGAUUGCUCCAUUCGGUGAUCUUUUAGUUGUGCUUGCAUAUAUCCCUGAAGAGGAUAGCAGAGAUAAAAAAGAUAAUACUUCUGUUCCUUCACGCCAGGGAACCGCGCAGCGUCCAGAAAUACAUCUUGUAUCAUGGAAAAACGAAGAGCUAACUACAGAUGCUCUGCCGAUUCAUGGCUAUGAGCUCUAUAAGGCAAAGGACUAUAUUCUUGCUCAUGCGCCUUUCUCAGGAAGUAGCAAUGCGGGUGGACAGUGGGCUGCUGGCGAUGAACCUCUGUAUUACAUCGUAUCUCCUAAGGAUAUAGUGGUUGCAAAGCCCAGAGAUACCGAAGACCAUAUUGCUUGGCUUCUGCAACAUGGUUGGCAUGCAAAAGCAUUGGCUGCAGUUGAAGCAGGACAAGGGAGGACUGAGCUUCUUGAUGAGGUGGGCUCUAGAUACCUUGACCACUUGAUAAUUGAAAGGAAAUACGCUGAAGCUGCACAACUCUGUCCGAAGUUGCUUCGAGGAUCUCCUUCAGCAUGGGAGAGGUGGGUCUUUCACUUUGCUCAUCUCCGCCAGCUUCCUGUGUUGAUCCCUUACAUACCUACGGAGAAUCCACAGCUGAGUGAUACCGCUUAUGAGGUUGCCCUUGUAGCUUUAACUACCAAUUCCUCUUUUCAUGAACUUCUUUUGACUACAAUACGAAACUGGCCACCUACGUUAUACUCUGCUUCACCAGUCAUAUCUGCAAUCGAGCCACAGCUCAAUUCUUCCUCGAUGACUGAAGCAUUAAAAGAGGCUUUAGCUGAAUUGUAUGUGAUCAAUAAGCAAUAUGAAAAGGGACUUUCUCUCUUUGCUGAACUCCUGAAGCCAGAAGUAUUUGAGUUUAUUGAGAAGCACAACUUGCAUGAUGCAUUCCAUGAUAAGAUUGUCAAUCUUAUGAUAUUGGAUAGUAAAAGAACAGUUCACCUAAUGAUCCAACACCGUGAUAUCAUUCCGCCGUAUGAAGUCGUGGAUCAAUUGUUGCAUGCUAGUAAAAGCUGCGACAAAAAAUAUUUAUUGCAUCAGUAUUUGCAUGCUCUGUUUGAGACAGACAUACAUGCUGGAAAAGAUUUCCAUGAUAUGCAGGUGGAGCUUUAUGCAGAUUACGAGCCAAGGAUGUUACUACCCUUCCUUCGUACCAGCCAGCAUUACAGGCUUGACAAGGCGUAUGAAAUAUUUGCACAAAAAGAACUUGUCAGGGAGCAAGUUUUCGUUCUUGGUCGUAUGGGAAAUGCCAAGCAAGCACUUUCUACGAUUAUAAACAAACUGGAAGACAUACAAGAGGCCGUUGAAUUUGUGACGGAGCAACAUGACGACGAACUAUGGGAGGAACUGAUAACACAGUGUCUCCAAAAGCCUGAAAUGGUCGGGAUGUUGUUGGAACAUACUGUCGGCAAUCUUGACCCUCUAUAUAUUGUCAGUUUGGUUCCCGAUGGGCUAGAAAUACCCAAAUUGCGGGAUCGCCUUGUGAAAAUUGUGACAGACUAUCGAACAGAAACUUCACUGAGGAAUGGAUGCAACGAUAUACUAAAGGCUGAUUGUGUUAAUCUGUUGGUUAAAUACUACCAUGAGGCUCGACGUGGAGUCUGCAUGGCAAGCUUGGAUGAGGAGGUUGGAACCAGAAUCGAUGAAGGAUCUUCACGAACGGGCGACAGAUCAUCGAGUUUACGCACUUUAGAGAUCAAAUCAAGAACAAGAUGUGGUGCUCGAUGCUGCUUGUGCUUUGAUCCAUUAUCUAUACAGGACAUCUCUGCCAUUGUGUUCUACUGCUGUCAUGCAUAUCAUCUGUCUUGCCUCGAAGGUGGAUUAGACUCAAUGAAAGCAAACAAUAACGCUCGGGAUAGCGAUGAAGGUUCAGAGGAUGAUGAUGGUUCCCCGUCGGGCGAGUCUAGAAUGCGCUGUGUAUUGUGCACUACAGCGGCUGCAUAAGUUGUUCCUUGUUGAGCAGUCCAUAUUCUGAUGUUGUAAGUUUUGAGCCUUGUAAUUAUUGUGUUCUUUUGGGUGAUACAUAUGUAACACUAGGUUGAUUCUUUGAGGGGAGCUGUGUCCAAAGCAUGAGUUCAGUUUUCUGUAAAUUUGACGCAUCACCUGACUGGAGCAGAGUCGUACGGCAUUUUUUUUGUUAAUGCCACGCAUGCCAAAUCAUACAAACUUCAUGACAAGCCUGUUGUUGAAGAGAUUGAGAUAAGAUAUUCAGAUUUUUACAUUUUUCAUCUA